AUCACCUCGUGGGCAUCCUAAUCUUAGCUGGCACCAAAUGAGCUGGACGCACCAGAAUGCCGAGCAACUACUGACUUCCCUCAACAUUGGCAGGUUCACCGGGCCAGACACUGCAGUGAACACAUGGGACCAUCAGCACUAUUGGGGGCUUGCACUGUAAUCCAGUUGGUAUCUGAGUGAAUUGAAAUCUGAUCAGCUCUUUGGAUAAAUACAGAGAGUGAUGGUUGGAAGAGGGGACGGGGUAGCAAGCAGAGGACAGUGGGAGGGCCGAAGUGAAAGAGGCAAAGCAGGCAAACAGUUUACAUCAUUAUUCCAGAAAGAUCCACCGCUGGCUCGUGUGCCAGGGGCCGUCGGUGUUGCUCUAUUUAAGUGCGCAGGCAGAAGAGGCAGCAGUUUUCUGAGUGCUGCUAAGGUCCAGACACAAAAUGGACAUCGCCAUCCAGCAUCCCUGGUUCCGUCGCUCCUUCUGGCCAUCACUCUUUCCCAGCCGGAUCUUUGACCAACACUUUGGGGACCCCAUCCCUGAGGCCGAAAUGAUCCCCUCACUGUACUACCCACGACCUUCCUUUUUCCGCUGGCCAAGCUGGGUGGACAGCAGCCUUUCUGAGAUGAAAAUGGAAAAGGACCGUUUCUCCCUGAAUCUGGAUGUCAAACACUUUAAACCAGAGGAGCUGUCAGUGAAAAUCAAUGGAGAUUUCAUUGAAAUUCACGCUAAACACGAGGAUCGACAGGACGAUCACGGUUUCAUCUCACGGGAGUUUCUAAGAAAAUACCGUGUCCCUGCUGGUAUGGAUCCGGCCUCUGUCACAUCCUCCCUGUCCGCUGAUGGCGUUCUGACCGUGACAGCCCCUCGCAAACACACAGAGGGCCCGGAGCGCACCAUUCCCAUCACCCGCGAAGACAAGCCCGCCGUGACUGGGUCUCAGAAGAAGUAAAGCUGCUAGACUUCCAUGUUUCAACUUUAUGUCCUUGUCUUCCUCCUGCUACAUUACAAGGGAAUAACGAUUAGCCUAAUGUUUCCUGACAGGCCAAAACUUUGUUGUCUUUGCUACAGCGCCUAGAGAAGAUUAGGUCGAAAACUCCAUCAGCGUCAAACUAACUUAACACAAUCUCUAAAUGAUAAAUGUUACCUAAAGGGAUUUCAUAGAAAUACACUUUUACAAUAAAGCAUUGUUUUCUGUUGAUGCCACCAAACAAAGGGGCUUCUGUAUAUCUUGCAGCUUGACAGCAAGACAAAGUAUUUGAGUGUAGGAGUAUUUUUCCCUAGCAAUUUUUUAUGACUAAGACAAACAGGCAAAAAUGGGCCAUUGUAUUAAACUCAGCUGGAUCAGAUGGCAAAAAACGCCACAGUCUCUCAUUAUUAAUAGUGUGAUUUGCAGAAGAGUCAGAAUAAGGUCCCAUUAGUUAGCAUUACUUAAUGCAUCAACUUACGUUAACUAAACAAGAGUAAUAUAUUUCUUACAGUAUUUAUUAAUCUUUGUUAAUGUUAGUUAAUAAAAAUACAACUGUUAAUAAUUCCAUGUUAGCUCUGGUCCAUUAAAUAAUAUUAACAGAUAUUAAUCUGUGUUAGUACAUGUUGAAAUUAGCAUUAUCUAAGAUUAAUAAAUGCUUUCAAAUUAUUUUUGCAUUGUUAGCUGAUGUUAACUAAUGGAACCUUGUUGUAAAGUGUUUAUUCUGUUGUUGUUUAUUCUCUGUAUGUAAAAUGAUUUGUUUGAGAUAUCACAAUGGAUCUGGGACCAGAGGACACAGUGAGGGGAUGAAAAAGUCACAGGAUUUAGGUGUUUUGACAAGAUUUGUGUGCGUUGAUCCAGUUUUGAUUGGUUAAUGACACAUUUAUGCACUGCAUUGCUUCACACUAUAUACUUUCGCCACUGUAUUUGCAUGACAAUAACAGGAGCAGGGCUUUAAAACCCAAGGUUAAAGAUGUUAUGAACGCAGCUUUUAACCCAAUUAAAGAUUGAAUGUUAAGUCGUGGUUAAACAGCAUGAAUAGAAGGUGCUACUCACGUGAUGAUAUGCUGCAGAGAGCUGGUGUUACUGCAAAAAAUGAAUGAGAAUGAAUAAAAGCAAGUUUAUUAAUGCAA